AUGAAGAGCGAAGAAACUGGAGACAUGCACAUAAACCAGUUCAAUGCUCUUUUUGAUAAAGAAAUUUUGCUAAACACCGUUGUCAACACUCCACCUUUUGAGAUUUCUGGUCUGAGACUGUCCUUUGAUGGGCUUGAGAUACAUAAGCCAUUUAGGAUUCAAAAAGGAAAAAACAGCAAAGACACAAGAACAGUAGAUCGUAGGCUACUUCCAAAGGACUGUAGAGAGCAGAAUCUUACUUAUGGCGGGAGCGUCUUUUUGAAAAUAAAGCUAGAGUACAGAGGAAAUGUUAUUUUUAACGAAUAUAAAGAUGCUGGAGUAUUUCCAGUAAUGCUGAGAUCAUGUAUGUGCAAUCUAAAUGGCAGCCAGAAUCUUUAUGAGCUUGGAGAGGAUCCUAAGGAGCCUGGUGGGUAUUUUAUUAUAGAUGGGUAUGAUAGAAUGGUGAGGUUCCAUGUUGCACAAAAGAGGAAUUUUAUAUUUGCACACCAAAAGAAGAGCAAAGACAGCACAUACACAGAUUACAGCGUUUCCAUAAGGAGCGUGAGUGAGGAACAAAUAGGACAGAAGAAUGAAAUAAAGUAUUGUGCAGAUGGAAACAUGCAUUUCAAGAUAUACGUAAACAAGAGAGUAUACCUCAUACCAGUUACUUUGUUACUUCGUGCAUUGGCUAACUGCACAGACGAGGAGAUUUUUGUUGCCUUGGGCUCGGAUCAGAGGAUCUUGGCGAUGCUGGCGAGGAUGAAGGAUUAUCCCUGCUACAGCCAGAAGGAGUGCCUGGACUAUCUUGGUGCUAGGUUUAAGCCAAUCUUAAAGAUUGAAAACUAUGAGGAGUGCGGCAGACACUUUAUAGACAGAGUUGUUCUCCCUCACUUGAGCAAGUUUGAAGACAAAUAUCUGCUCAUUAUAGAGGCUAUAAAGAAGUUAUUUAGAUGCUAUGACGGUAAGAUACAACCUGAUGACGUUGAUGUUCCUUCUAAUUUUGAGCUGUAUACUGAGUUACAACUCAUACCUAUUUGUUUUAGAGAAAAGCUCAACGAGAUAAAACGAUCCUUCAUGACAAAGAUCAUGUAUUUUCUGCGCAACAGGGUGUCCACUACUGACUCUACCACUUCUUUUAAUGUUUCCGAAGCUGCAGAGCUUACUGGCGAACUUUCAGACUUGCAGCUAGAAAAAAUUAAGAAACACUUUGAGUCGUUGGACUUUGACAUUGGCUUGAAAAUGAAGAGGUUCCUAUCUACUGGAAAUAUUACAACAGUAUGCUGCUCAGACUUGCUACAGAAUAGCAGUUUUACUGUCCUUGCCGAGAGAAUCAAUAUUUGGAGGUUUACUUCUCAUUUUGCCAGUGUUUCAAGAGGGACUUUCUUCUCAAACUUGAAAAUAACAUCGAUUAGGAAGCUCAGGCCAGAAAGCUGGGGGUUUUUCUGCCCAAUAAAUACUCCAGAUGGUGCGCCUUGUGGUCUUCUUUUCCAUCUGUCUCAGUCUUGCUUUGUUUCUGACAAGUCAUAUGUCUUUGAUGACAUGAUUCUGUACGACUUUGGUGUGGUGGCUCCCCAUAGAGGAUAUAACACAGGAGUACCUGUGUUUUACAAUGGAAAGUUAAGCGGGACAACUAAUGAUCCAUCCGGUCUUGCAAAAUCCCUGAGAGAAUACCGGGCCAAGAGUGGUCUUUGCUUUGAAGUAUGCUACGAAUAUGGGAAAGGCAUUGACGAAUCGGUGUGUAUUUUUGAUUCUUACAGCAAUCUGUAUAGAAAAGUCUUCAAUGUCCGACUUAAGAGAGAAGAGUGGAUUGGGCUGAAGGAACAGGUAUUUUUGAAUAUCAAGUUGUCAAAGUACGUAACAAAAGACGCCUACAGUAAAUAUGACCGUGAGGCAGAGAAUGAAGAUACCUUCGAAUUUGAAUAUAGAGAAAUUGACAACACAAAUAUUUUUAGCUCCAUCGCUGCAUGCAUUCCAUUCUCUGACCAUAAUCCCAGCCCAAGAAAUAUGUACCAAUGCCAGAUGACUAAGCAGGCAAUGGGUGUUGCGUGUUUCAACCAGCAGUUCAGAACGGAUGGCAAGAAUUUCUUCGUUAGCUAUCUACAGUCGCCUAUGGUUAGAACUGGUGCAUAUAGCACAUUUGAGGAAUUUCCGAUUGGAAUCAACUGCAUUGUUGCUGUUCUUAGCUAUACUGCAUAUGAUAUGGAAGAUGCCGUUGUCAUAAACAAGAGCUCGACGGAAAGAGGUCUUUUUGGCGCAUUUAUUUACAAAAACGAAAAGUUCGAGCUUGAAAAGAAUGCACAUAUUGACUUUACUCCAUUCAAAGGAGCCAGAAUCGAGACGGAUGAUGUACUGGUAAGAUAUGUCCAUCCCGAUCUGGGCACUAGGACUAUUAAAUACCAUGGUGCUGAAUCAGGAUUUGUUGAGGCUGUCAGAAUCUUUAGCAGAGAUGUGCCAUGUGUUACAAUAACUCUUAGAAUACAAAGAAAUCCCACUAUUGGAGACAAGUUCUGCUCUAGACAUGGACAAAAGGGCGUAUGUUCUAUGUUUUGGCAGGAGAUUGACAUGCCAUUUACUGAAUAUGGACUUAGACCUGAUAUUAUCAUCAAUCCGCACGCCUUUCCCUCUAGAAUGACUAUUGGAAUGCUAUUAGAGAGUAUUUGUGGUAAGAGUGCUAUGGCAUUAGGUAAGAUCCAGGAUGCGUCACCAUUUAUUAAGAAUGUGGCUUUUGAUGAAAGCGAUCCAAAAAGCAUAGGCGAAGAGCUUAAGAAGUGCGGCUUUAACUACUAUGGAAAUGAGCCUAUGUACUCUGGUGUUACCGGCACGGAGUUUAGAACGGAUAUCUUCAUUGGACCAGUUUACUACCAAAGGCUUCGACACAUGGUGAAUGACAAGUAUCAGGUUAGGACAUCAGGUGCAGUUGUGGCAACGACGCAUCAGCCGGUUGGAGGCCGUAAAAAUAAAGGAGGCAUCAGGUUUGGAGAAAUGGAAAAGGAUGCCCUCAUUGCCCAUGGAGUGUCAUUUGCACUUCAGGACAGACUAAUGAACUGCUCAGACCGCACGGAAUUCACAUAUUGCUCAGAUUGCAAGACCAUUCUCUUUACAGGCAAAGACUAUUGCAGCUGCGGAUCGAAAAGUUUAAUGAGAGUUGCAAUGCCUUAUGUUUUCAAGUAUCUCUGCUGCGAACUACUUUCAAUGAAUGUCAAGCUGGUGUUUGAUGUUUAA